AGAAUUUCAAAAAGUGUUUGUAAAUGAACUUAACAUUUUUUUUGGAAUUGAAAGCAACAAGAAGGCAGAAGAGCAACUAAGAAAGUUUAGGUUAGAUCUUGAAGAUGAACUAGAUAAUAAAGUGGUGGUUGGUGCCCGCUUUGAAGAUUUUGAUAAUUUAGCGUUUGAAUUUGCUAAACAAGAGCAAGAAGAUAAGCAAGCAAAAUAUUCAAACUUGGCUCGCUCUUGGCCAGUAUUGAAACAAGCGCUCAGAUACUGGUAUCCCCAGGAAUAUGAAGAAUUUCCACAAAAUUUAUGCAUUCUUGACAAGUUUUACUUACCCAAAAAUUAUGUCGGCAAACUAAAUGAGACUAAUUUCGUCGAAUACUUAGAAAAAAAGAAAGGAAAGAUUAACUG